UCAAAAAUCAGCGUUAAACCGUUCGCGAACAGCAGUAUCUCGACAGUCUGACAUCCUUCCAAUGGCGAGAUAAUGGCGAACAUGGGGCCGCUGAUCGAGGCAUUGAAAAGAGGCGCUGCGUUCGUCGAUUGGCGUUGAAGUUUUCUGCCGAUCGAUGAUCGAUAGCGACGGGACGGUUUGAUGAUCGGAGGGAAAAGCGGCGGAGAAGAGUUCAGGUGGCGGCUUCAAGGAGACUGCUGUGAUGCUACGUAGGCAACUGGAAGAAAAGGGCUUUUCUACCAUGAGAGAGUGUGUGUGAGCCCGGUUUUCUGGAGACACGGGACCUCUACAGAUUUGUUGUUUUUAAGUCUCCUUUUUAAUUUAAUUAUUGGUUUUGUUUCCCCGUCGUUUAAGGAUAUUGUGCGGACACAUAGCCCGAGCUGGUGAAGUUUUAGGGAAUGGCAGGUCGAAGCCGAAGAGCAUGGUUUAGUGUUCUGCUGGGACUGGUUGUCGGGUUCACCCUGGCUUCCAGACUCAUUUUACCCAAGGCGAGCGAGUUGAAGAAAGCCGGACAGAAACGCAAAGCGAACCCCGCCGGCUGUGGCUUGAACGUGGGGCUCAGGAAUGAGUACGGCGGAGUGUUAUGGCCGUCGCAAGAUAACGGUUCACCGGUAACGGAGAAACCUGGAUCCAGGUCCAAUAAUUUCCUGUUCGUCGGUGUCAUGACCGCACAGAAGUACCUGAACAGCCGAGCCGUGGCAGCGUACAGGACCUGGGCUCAGACAAUACCAGGUCAUGUGGAGUUCUUCUCCAGCGAGGGCUCCGACACCUCCAUACCCAUCCCCAUAGUGGCUUUGAGGAAUGUGGAUGACUCAUACCCACCCCAGAAGAAGUCCUUCAUGAUGCUCAAGUACAUGCAUGACCAUUACCUGGACAGGUACGAGUGGUUCAUGAGGGCUGAUGACGAUGUGUACAUCAAGAGCGAGAAGCUGGAGAGCUUCCUGCGCAGCCUCAACAGCAGCGAGGCCAUCUUCCUCGGCCAGACGGGCAUGGGGGCCCGCGAUGAGCUGGGGAAACUGGCGCUAGAGCCCGGGGAGAACUUCUGUAUGGGGGGGCCGGGGGUCAUCAUGAGCCGUGAGGUCCUCAGGAGGAUGGUGCCCCACAUCCGAGAAUGUUUGCAGGAGAUGUACACCACCCACGAAGAUGUGGAGGUGGGCCGGUGUGUCAGGAGGUUCGCCGGGGUCCAGUGUGUCUGGUCCUACGAGAUGCAGCAGCUCUUCUAUGAGAACUAUGAACCAAAUAAGAAGGGCUACAUACGAGAUCUCCACAACAGCAAGAUCCAUCGAGCCAUCACCCUCCACCCCAACAAGAACCCUCCCUAUCAGUAUCGCCUGCACAGCUAUAUGCUUAGCCGCAAGAUCGCAGACCUGCGCCACAGAACCAUCGAACUCCACCGGGAGAUUGUCCAGAUGGGACGUUAUGGAGCGGGCGAGCCCAGCCGAGACGACCUUCAACUCGGCAUGCCGCCCUCAUUUAUGCGCUUCCACCCACGACAGAGAGAGGAGGUUCUAGAGUGGGAGUUCCUGACGGGAAAGUACCUGUUCUCGUCAUCUGAUGGUCAGCCACCACGCCGUGGGAUGGACUCCUCCCAGAGGCAAGCCCUGGAUGAUAUCAUCAUGCAAGUGAUGGAAAUGAUCAAUGCCAACGCCAAGACGCGGGGUCGGGUCAUUGAUUUCAAAGAAAUCCAGUAUGGCUACCGGAGGGUCAAUCCUUUAUAUGGGGCAGAGUAUGUGCUGGAUCUGCUACUGCUGUACAAGAAGCACAAAGGUAAGACUAUGACAGUUCCUGUGAGGAGGCACGCCUACCUGCAGCAGACCUUCAGCCAGAUCCAGUUCAGAGAGGAGGAAGAGAUGGAUGCCAGAGCUCUAGCCAGUCAUAUUAACAAGGAGUCAGACUCCCUCUCAUUUCUUUCCAACUCCCUCAAGAUGUUGGUACCCUUUAAGUUGGCCACUUCUGGCCAGGACCAGAGAGAACCAAAAGAGAAGAAAGUCAACAUCUUAGUACCUCUGUCAGGGCGAUAUGACAUCUUUGUGCGCUUCAUGGCCAACUUUGAACGAGUUUGUCUGAUUCCCAACCAGAAUGUCAAGCUUCUGAUCCUGCUCUUCAGCACAGACAACAACACAGAGCGGGUCAAGCAGGUGGAGCUCAUGAGGGAGUAUCACAUGAAGUAUCCCCGGGCCGAGAUGGAGAUAAAGCCCGUUGCCGGCUCCUUCUCCAGGGCUCUGGCUUUAGAAGUGGGUUCCUUGCAUUUCUCUAACGAUUCACUGCUCUUCUACUGUGAUGUGGAUCUGCUCUUCACCAGCGACUUCCUCAAGCGAUGUCGGACCAACACCGCCCUCGGGGAGCAGACCUACUUCCCUAUCAUCUUCAGCCAGUAUGACCCUAAGGUGGUGUAUGCUGGGAAGGUCCCUAGCAACAACCACUACGUCUUCACCUCCAAGACAGGCUUGUGGAGGAACUACGGCUUUGGGAUUGUUUGCGUCUACAAGGGAGACUUGGUCCAAGCUGGAGGCUUUGACACCUCCAUACAGGGAUGGGGACUGGAGGACGUGGACCUUUUUAAUAAAUUUGUCCAGUCAGGGAUUAAGUUGUUCAGAAGUACAGACACGGGGAUAGUACACGUCCACCACCCGGUCAUAUGCGAUCCAAACCUGGAGGCAAAGCAAUAUAAGAUGUGCCUGGGCUCCAAAGCCUCAUCGCACGGCUCCACCCAGCAGCUGGCCGAGCUCUGGCUGGAGAAGAACGAUCUCAGCUUCAGGAGACUGGCCAGCAAUAACGGCUCAGUUAGGACAGUGUGAACAAAAAAAACAAAAAAAAAAACAGGCUGCAGUCUGUCAGUAACUGAACCUGGACCUUCUCUGUGCUCAUUUCUUCCUCUUAGUGGUGUUUUCACUACCUAAUUUAUUUUUUAAUGAAAUGAAAGACUUCACAUGGAUAUCUUUUGAAAACAUCUUUUUUUUUCCUUUUCUUUUCUUUUUUUUUUUAAACAAAGAAAAACGCCACAAUGAACAAUUCCUAGAGACAGACUGGGCCCUUGUAUGGAAGUACAUCUUUUUAAGUCAUGAUGGAAGGAAUAUGAACCAAUAUUCUUGUGUGAGCCUGAUUACAAAGGGACCAGAGGGCUCCUCCAGCCUCCCACUGCCCUGGCUCUCAGGGCAGUGGAAGAAGGGGAAGUAUACUGUCAUGGCCCUUAAAUAUUCCAUUUAUCUUGUAUGCAGAAAACAGAUGAACACGUGUCCAUGUACUCUCAGACCAGCAGUGCUUGAAACAUAAUUCUUUGAUUGUGAAUGUUUACAAAAGAUUGAUUCGAAAUAUUUCAUCAAUGAAAACUCAAAUUCUAGAUAUCUGAGUGGUUACUAAGGGCCAUUUGAUUUUGUUGAUUUACAUUCUUCUUUUUUUUUUUUACUUUUUUUUUGGGUAAUACAACAUAACACUGUUACUGUUGCUCCAGGAUUUUAUUGUAUUUUUUUCUUUAUUAUUAAUUUCUGUGAACCCAACUGCUGGAUUUGAUAUCUGCAAUUCAUCUUUUGCUGUCUAAUUUAUUGAAUUUGCAGGCUCCAUUUUCUACUCCCUGACUGUUUAAAUAUGUAUAUUGGAAAGAUUGUAUAACCAUGUCAGUUGUGGGAUAGUUUUUUUUUUUUUUUUUUCAUGUUCCUUUUCUUAAACUCGUUAUCACCAAAGAGUUUUGCACAGUCUGCUUUAGGUAUCAUGUUGCCUGUAUGUGUGUAUGUGUGUGUGUGUGUGUGUGUGUGUGUAGGUGGUUGGGUGGUGUUUUGCAGGCACAAACAUGAAACUGGCUGUAUAAUGGUGAGUAAACACAAAUGCUCUAUCUAUCCCAGGCCUUUCUGAUGGUUCUUGGUGGGUUGAAAUGGGAGCAGGGCUCUGGUCGGCCGGCUCAAGUCACACUUCGCUGUCUCUCUCUUUCUCUAUAAGUAAAUUGCUUUCUUUUAUGUUGAAAUAAAAAAAGUGUUGUGGCUGGUCCCAGUCUACAAAGGUGUGGCUUCAGUGCUGAUUUCCAUUGAGCUGUGAUAUGAAAAAACCCACAUUGUCUGAUCCUGUGUUACAGGUUUGAGGGUGGAACAUUUCCUCAUAAAAGGCCUGAAUCACUGUCCUGUUCCUGCCUGUGUGUUUAUUGGCAGGUACUGUACCUUGUAGCACUCCAUCGGGUUAAUGCUUCUCUUUCAGCAUUACAAGAAGAAUGGCUGAUUUUUAAGACUGAUGUUAACAGGAUGAGUGACUGUGCUGUCAUCAUAGUUUUUUAAAUUUUCUUUUACUUUUAUAAUUUUUGUUCUUUCAACUCUGUCCGACUGGGCAAUGUUUUCUAUUUAAAAAGAAAUAAAGUGGGGGGAAAAGUAUGAAAA